AUAGGUUAGAGAUGAUCAAUUUUAAAUUUGGCAGUUGACAAUUCAUAAAUUCUCUCGCAAUUGGAGAUCAUGAUGGGAUCGGCUCUUCACUCCGGAUUGGUUAAUAUUAUAUCCACGAGUUAUUUUCUUGCACAUUUCACACAACUAUACGAGUCAUGUGAGGUCGGCCUUUACCAGUCGUGCGAUGUAAAUGCAGCUUUUGAGCGUGUUUUUUACAUCACCAUCGCACAGGAAGACAGAUAAAAAGGGAGAGAGAGAGAGAGACAGAGGAUUGAAAGAAGGAAAACUAGGAAAAAUCGCAAAACGGAAAACGCGUACGUUUUCCAGAUUCAAGCUCGACUACGGCGGACAAGGAUCGGAAAUGGACUUUUCUGACCUAUGUGCUCACAUAUGACUUGCUUCUGGAAUGUUUUACUUGCUUGGUAUCUCAUUACGCCGGUUGCCGCGUUUUUGCCUGAUGCUGCAUAGGAAGCGAUGGAACGAUGGCUGAACUCCUCAGUCCAUACAUUAGAAUCUUAUUAGACAAUUUGUGAACCACAUGGCUAGCGAGAAAUCUCCUGAUUACCGUGCCUCCUGUAUGGAAGAUAACGACGAGAUAGAGGGUCUUAAUGAAAAGCUGAUACAGCUGUUAUCUGAGCAAAAACACUUCUCUCCAGUUCUGCCCAAUAGUUCACUGUGUGAACCAGAGGAAGAUUGUGGAUCUACGGUAGAUGCCAAGGCAUCCGGUUCUCUGUCAUUUAGCCAUUGCAGACAUGACUGCUCUCUUCUAUGUUACGAUAGUCCAGCUAAGAUGUCGAGUACAUCAAAUCAUCUUCCACCCAUUGGUGUAUUUUGGGACAUCGAGAAUUGUCAGGUUCCUAAAGGUAGAUCCGCCAUAGCAGUUACGCAAUUAAUUAGGGACAAAUUUUUUAGUGGCUAUAGAGAGGCGGAAUUUAUUGUGGUUUGUGACGUUCAGAAGGAGAAUAGCCAAAUUAUACAGGAACUGAACGACGCUCAGGUUAAUUUAAUACAUGUAGCUGCUACAUGCAAGAAUGCUGCAGACGAGAAGCUUAAACAGACCAUUAGAAGAUUCGCCGACAUCCAUGGCAGCCCAGCGGCUAUAAUCCUAAUAUCCGGCGACAUUAAUUUUGCCGCUGAUCUCAGUGAUCUACGUCAUAGGAAAAAGAUUCAUGUGAUAUUGCUUCAUAAAAAGAAUACCUCAGAAGCAUUAAUAUUAUGCGCCAAUGAACAUUAUGACUUUAUGGAGCUCACGGAGCCACUGCCGUCCAGACCUCCACCAAAGGGUAAUGAAUCCUAUGAUCUUCUAAUUAGUAACCUUCCUGAUGAAAUGGAUGUUAAUGUCAUUAAGCGUCGUCUUAAGCAAUUGUCUGAGAAUUGCGGUGGUCGCGUGAUAGAUGUCCAGUCAAAUACUGCCAUUGUACGCUUUACGUCGCACAGUUCUGCAGACAGGGCUCAGAAACGUAUGGAAGGAGAAUAUGUUUUUGGCUCAAAAAUAUUUGUAAGAUAUCUUGGGAAAGAAAAAGGGAAUAUAAUCGCCAAAAAUCUAGGAAAUAUUGUAACUCGAAGCAGAGCAGUCAGUGAAUCGGAAAUUGUUACUGAUUCCAAGCAAAAUAGCUCCAAGCAAAUGUAUACUGCUAGUGCCUCUGUGUUAGGGACAAGAACCCUCCAAUAUCCGCAUUAUCAAUCUUCAUCGUCUGUAGUGGGUGCCUAUCCGCCUUUCAAUCCCCAUUGUGCACCCAUCAAUGGUCCACCAUCAGGAUUGAUACAGCAACCUCCCAUAUAUUUUGGAAGAUAUGUGAGUAGUGGCGAUGUAGCUUUUAAUAGGCCAUACAACGAUCUUACUAGAGUGCAGUCACCAAAUUUAAUUUGGCCGAUUGGGCCAAGCCCUCAAUCAUAUGGCCAUAUAUGGGAAGAACAGUAUAAAGCGGAAAAGUCCAAAACUUUAAGUAAACGAGCUCACAUCCCGCAGGCUCGGGAUAAUGUUGCUGUUGCCACAACUGCUCAUACUCCUGAAGGUCUUAGGCGCAUCAGAGGUACACACGGUGCAUUUCUUCAUGCUGCCGAAUGGCUUGGAGGACGGCAAUCGUACAACAAUUCAUUAGCUGUUCCACUUAAUUAUAAUGUGCAAUCCAAUUCUUUCAAACGACGUAGCCCAUCUCCACUGUACGAUGCACCGACUAGAGAAAAAAGCUCAUGGCACGGUCAGAAUCAGCAGCAAGUUUCUACACGAAACAAUAAAACACCAUCACCUUACGAAAAUAAUAUGUUACAAAGGACAGGACAACAUAAUCAAACAUCACGGUCGCAUCUAAGUGAUGCAGAAAACGAAGAAGUAGAGAACUUUUUAAAUCCUAAUAAUCGCGUCGGACAUAGUACGAAUAAUGGCAUUAAUAUACCCAUCGAAUUACAAGUAACAAAUUUAGAUCAAAACAUUGAUAUGAGAGACAUGAAGCAAAUUCUUUUAUCUAUAUUCAGGGAACAUGUUUCGAACUGUCAUAUUUCUGUAUUUAUGCAAUCGGACGGUAAUUACGGUGCUAGUGUCAAAGUACCUUCAUUAUCAGACGCACAGUAUGCGAUCUCGCAAUUACAUCGCCGUAAAAUAGGUUACAAGCGCAUUUUGAUAUCUUAUGCUCAUGUCGGUGGACCAAAUUUGCAACUUAUUCGAGCGCAAAUCGUAAUGCUUUUGCAAGAAGUCCCGGGACACAAACUACCGCUAUUCAAAUUCCGCGAGAUGUACGAGAGUCGGUUUAUGAUCUCUAUAAGCGUGUCGGAACUCUACAAGAUGAGAGACGUAUGCGUAAUCACUGAAGAUCCGAGCGGCAGAAUGGUUUCACUCAAUCCGGAUCAUAGAAAUACGCCGUCGCCUUGCUUUAGUAAUACGAUACAGGAUGGACAAGUCAAGUUGCCGUAUUGCACGAUGCAUACCUCGAAACCGUUGUCUGAUAAAGGCUGGGCGGAACAAGAAAUGGCAUCCUUACCGAAUGUAAAGAUCUCUUUGAAACUUCUCGAGUCUCGUGUACAACAAUUACUAGCGUCGCACAAUGGCAUUCUACCCUUGCCAAGUUUACCAAACUGUUAUGAGGCAGAAUUCAAAGAACAAUUAGAAAUCAUAGAGAAUGGUGUACCUUUAGAACAUUUAGUAGCCUGCUUAUCAUGUGUCGAAUUGAGACAAGAUAUCGGUAGCGUGAAGUAUAUUGUGUGGAUAGGGAAAAAGGAUCAUGAAAAUAAUCACGAUGAAACUAAGUGUGUGAGUCCACCACUUGCGAAUCAACUAGCUCUUUUCAGCCGCGAACUGGUUGAUCUUUUGAAAACCGCUCCACACUGCCAGUUACCCUUUAAUCGAUUUAUACCAGCUUAUCACCAUCAUUUCGGACGUCAGUGCAGAGUUGCCGAUUACGGGUUUACUAAACUAAUAGAUCUGUUAGAGGCACUUACGCACACUGUACAAGUAAUGGGAGAGGGCAAUAAGCGUGUGGUUACGUUAUCGCAUCGUGCUCAAGUACGUAGAUUUACCUCGGAUUUAUUGCGAGUACUGAAAUCGAAAGCGAGCAAACAAGUGGCACUUUCAGAAUUUCCAAACGUUUAUAACCGAGUAAUAGCAAAACCUUGGGACAUCGUGGAUUACGGUGUAUGUGAUAUCGAGGAUAUUCUCGGUGAAGUGUCCGAGAACACGGUUGUCGUAACUCCUUUGGAAGAUGGUGAUAAAAUGAUAGCCAUUCCCAAACGCGAGCAAACUGCUGAAGAAAUCGAACGAACGAAAUUGUUCGCUAAGGAGGUGAUCGAGCUACUGCAACACGCUCCACAAUGUAGAAUGCAGUUCAACAAAUUUGUACCUUCUUAUCAUCAUCACUUUGGCCAUCAAUGCCGCGUAUCAGAUUACGGAUUCACCAAAUUGAUCGAAUUGUUCGAAGCAAUCCCCGAUGUAGUUAAGAUCGAGGAAGUAAACGGAGGCGAGAGACAGAUAUCUUUGACCAAGAAAGAGGGUCUUAAAGUUCUCUCCGAACAGAUAUUGAAAUUGGUGAUGCGCGCCAAAAGUGGCCUAAACGUUUCGAGCAUCGCACAAAUGUUCCAACAUCAAUUCGGCUACGCGUUACGUCCCGAAUUGUUCGGCUGCAGUUCGAUGUUGCAACUUAUGCAAAAGCUUGGAGAUACCGUUCAGGUCAUAGAUUUGGCUACAGGACCAGCUAUCAUCACAAUAGACAAAUCACAUUUGCAGCAAACAAUUCUCCAAUGCCGGCGCAUAUUAAUGGGCCAGCCCCAACAUAGAAUGCCUACCAGAGAAUUUGUGCAACAAUACUUUCAAUAUUAUUCGAAGCAAUGUAAUCUAGACGACUUAAAAAAAAAUCUGGCAAAUGUUGUUCGGUUUACAGUGGUAAAUAACGAACAAGUCAUCGAGCUGACACCAUUGCAUCGCUUUGCUUGUGAGCUUCAUCUUGUAAUGAUGAAUUACAAUGGUACAUUAAAUUUAUCGCAGUUUGAUGUAUCAUACUUGAAUAUCAUAGGCUCACCUUGUAAACCUGCACAAUAUGGUUUUCCAACAAUAACUGCACUUUUACAAGCCUUACCUUGCACUGUAACGAUAAAAGAGACACGGAAAAAAGAAACGAUUAUCUACUUGAAUAAAAAGCUAGCCGCUUCUGUCGGUUUUUUUGUGCCACUGGUACACAAAUCGAUAUCAUCUCAUCUCGAUACAGAUUCUAGCAACGAUUCAUUUGAAAGUGAUAUUUCCUGUCGCGUAAAUGUUCCCAACGCUUUGAGCACGAUGGAUGAUCACGAGAAAUGGCUCGAUCAAUUGACAAAUGUUAAUUCUUGGAAAGCAAAAGAUGACAAAGCUGUAUGGUCGGAGACUUGUGACAAGCAUUGGAAGAACUUACCGAAUUCGGAAAAACGCUCGAAUAACUGGCCAGCUCUGGAAAGCGGCGGUGAAAGCCUCUUAAACAGCUUGAUGCGCACACCGAUAAUGCGUAAUUUCCCUCCACCGCCACCUAAACCCGAUUCCCCACCCGAGGAUGUCAUGUGCAAGGAAGAACACUGGAAAUCUUCACUGUGGAUGUCUCCAACAAAAUUUACCUAUUCACAAGAUGAACAUUCCACGAAUGUACAGGUCCCUCCAUUAACUUUACCAAGCUGGAAUCAAAUGUUGUCCGGUGACGGUAUAUCGAAUUUGCUAUCACCGACUAAAAAUCUAUUGCCCGCUGCUGCUAAUCCGUUGUAUCCGCCUACCUCUCCUUAUUAUCCUAAGCCUGUUAUUGCACCACACCCAUCGGAGUUGCCACUUCCUUCCUUAUCGCUAACACCUAAGAAGAAAAUAUUGGUGGAUAAUCAGAAAAAGAUUGCCACUAACGCGAGGUUGCUUAAUCUUGCUAGUUCCGAAAACGAAGAUGUUAUCGACGAUGAUGAGAGCAGCGACAGUUAUAGCACUUCUAGUAAACAUUGAAACUAUAUUUAUCUCGCUAGUUAAAGGCAAGAGACGUCUGGCGGCCCAAUUCAAUCAGCCGAUCGAGCCAUAAGCAGAGAUCAUGCAAAGGAGAGAUAUUAAAAAGCCCAGGAUCAAAAUCAGAUUGUGUUUAAUCGAUUUCUUCACGACAACAACAAAUUUCACACUUCAAGUAGACUUCAGUAAGAUCUUUAUCUAAAAUGGAUUAAAUUACCUAUAUACUAUUCCAUGGAUGGUAGGUACCAUACUUUAUUUAUAUUCAAAAUUUACAAUAGAUCUGUGUAGAUUGAAUGUAUAUGCAAACCGGAGGAAAGCGAUUAUAGCACGAAUUAUUUUCAAAAAGUAUGAAAAUAUACAUCGAGUAGAUAUAUGAUUGAUAUGAUCGGGAUCGUAAUAAGAAAUGCGUGCGAUGUUUAUAUCGAGUGACAUGUGCUAACGGUUAGGAAACAUGUAGCAUUUUUCAUACUGUGAUAUAGGGUAUAAAAAGAAGCGAUGAUAGUAAAUAUUAUACCACGAAGGGAGCUUUUGGAAUGGCAAUAAUUAAUAAUCUUUCAGUAACACAUGAGAAGCGUGGCUCGGUUUAUCUGUGAAUUAUAUUUAGAUCUUUUUAUAUCGCAUCUAACUUUUUUAUUAAUAAUAUAUAUCAUUUGAUAUUAUUUUAAUCUUUACGUUUGUAUCAAAUUUACAAUCAAUUUUUACUUGAUUGUUUCGACUAGUUAACGAUAUACAUAUCAUGAAAAAAAUAUAAUUUUUAUAUCCGUUCCUUUUUUGUUUUACAUUUGUUAAACGAAACUAGGAGAUUAUUAGACUAGAUUCCAUAAUCAUCAAGUAUAAGCAUUAACUAUUUUCAUUUGUAAAUAAAUUAUUGUUAAAAAGCUUCUUUCGAUUUGCCUACGUUCACAUUGUCAAAGACAAUGUGAGUUGUAAUUCAUAUAACAUACUAUAUGUCCGAAAAAGAUAUUACGUAUAAUUGUUGCCAAUUACAAGAUAAGCGAAAUUCUCUUGUCUACCAUGCACCUUCAGUUAUUUAUCUUAACUUGUCUUACGAAUUUCUCUCCAAUUCACCAUUGAUACAUUUUUUACUGCUCAAUGUAUAAUUUUACGAAUGUGUCAUGUGAAUGAGUGAUGACAGAUACGUGUAAAUUGGAGUGAUACGCUGUUACGAAUUGCCACGCGAUUUUCACAAUACGUAAUGAAGAAAUAAUUUUAUCGAUGAAAAAUCUUCGAUGUUUUGAGAUUGAGUGCUAAUUGUAUGGCAGAAUCGGAAAGAUAUAAUGUAAUGAGGUGCAGAGAUAAAUUUUUAACAAAGAUCGUUGAGACAGAUUUGUUCGGUAAUAAAUAAGUAUUAGCGAUAAGUAUCAUGUAAAUUUUAUUCAAAAGGAGGAAAGAUAAAAAUUUGAACCGAAUAUCUCUGGAGCAGCCGUUGCACAAUAUCUUUCCCCAUUUUUUUCUUUCAUUUGAAGAACGAUGACGGGUAUACCCUGUGACUCUGCCUAAUAUAUUUUUACGUUCUGCUGAUAUGUUAAGUACGUAAUAUAAGAUGUAUAAUAAGAAUGCAACUCAUUUUGAAUUGUACAGAAGAAAAUGAAUGCGUGAUGAUCUCACUUUUAAUCUUCAUGCUCAUUGUAAAUAUGACAUGGAUGGUGUAAUAAUUUAUAGCGUAAAGAGAUAAAAUAGCGUAUUACGGUAAAUCUGGCAAACUAGUAUCGCAUAAAACUUGAAAUCCAUUGUAGAAUCUAGUAUACAAUUGGAUUGUAUACUAGAAUUAUAGCUAGAAUGGAUUCAAAGUUUUAUGCGAUACUAGUUUGCCAAAUUUACGCUAUUUAAAAAAAAAACUUGGAGGAUUAGAAAUAUAUAAUGAUUGUGCUAUCUCCGCGAAUUGAAUCGCUGGAAAAUUCGCGGUACAGUUGAAUGAUAACUGGGCAUCUCGGGUAUUAGAUAGUUACGAGAAUCGUGUAGUAUUCGUGUAGUGACUUUUUUUUAUUUUGUUAAUUUAUUGCUAUUAAAAGAAAUAGUUUCGUUAUGUGUAUAUUUAUGGAUAAUAAUGAAUCCUAUUGUAUUUUAUACCUGCGUAAAAGAAUUUCCGUGCGUACGUAUCUGUGAGAGAAAACUUUUAAUUCGUUUAAUCAGAGACAUUUUGUGUGUAAUACUGCGUUUAUGUCAUUAUGUAAGAUACACUAUGCGAGGUUGUCUUAUGUUCUAAAUGCCUAAUAAGUUUUAUUGCACACUCGAUUUGCUUUAAUGUUCUAAAUGAUGGAUGAUUAAUCUAAUUGAAACUUAAACGAAAAACUGUAAAUGAAAUCAUAUACAUAUAUAUAAGAUGAUUUUAUCAUAAUAACAAGAGAAAUUGUAAUGUAUAAAUCAUCGAUGGAAUCGUGUCUAAAUGAGUAUUUCAUAAAUUAAUUUGAUAUACAUGUACAAUAGGUAUAAUCUUUUUAUAUAUUGUACAAUGAAGGAAUAAAAAGAAAGAUUGAUUCAUGCAA